UUCUCUCCUAUAAAAAUCCACCGCCCCCCGCCGCCUCCGCAGAAUUCCCCAAUCCCACCGCCAGGCUCCGCACGCGCCUCGGAACCUAGCCCAGUCGACUCCUUCAGAUCCGGCGGGAUCGCCGGCUCCUACCCUCGUCGCCACGUUCCGGCAUCUCGGCUCCCCGGCGUCCUCUACCCGACUUCUACACCUGCCAUCUUCCCCAGGCGGCGUCCCGACGAAUCGCUUGGUCGACAGGCUACAUCACCACCAAGUCAGCAUCGACGACUCGAAGGAUUCGUGUCGUCGUCGAUCGCCGAUAGCCGGUCGCCGGUCGCCGGUCGCCUCUUCGUAGAUCGAAUUGGUUCUGUGAUUAUUCUGGUUGCAGUUCGCUGUAUUUCAUCUGAGAUCUGAAAAAAGUUCGGGCCUAUCUCGUGAUAGAGAGGCCUUUAUAUAUACGUGAAAAAGGAGACAUACUCGCCAUCCGUCAUGGGUGUUGUGUAUUACCAAUAUAAGAGUGAAAAGGAAAUCUGUUCUAUGCCUGUGCUCCAUGCUUUUAUCUCUGUGUCUGAACUCAAGCAGCUUAUACUGACAAGUGGUAAGCACGGCCAUGGGCGAACCCACGGCCGUGCCAGGGAGGAUAUUAUCAUCUUCAAUGCCCACAGCGGCGAAGAAUAUGCAGAUGAAAGAGCAUCCAUACCUCAGAACACAACUGUGCUGGUCCGCAGAAUUUCCAUUGCCGGGCAACUGUCAGAGAAGAUCGUUUUGUCCCCCACGCGGAAAGUCACAGAAGAAUUUUCUGUGCCUUGCAAGUCAGUGGUUACUGACUCAAGCUCAAAGUCAUGUUCUUCCACGGUAGUGCAAGAUGAAGAUGCUGCAAUUGCUGCAGUGAUUGAUGCCGCUGAACUCAAAUCGGAACAACUCCCGUCUAAAAAAGGACAAGGCAGUGGAAGGUUUACGUCAGGACGUAACUAUGGGUCAUUGGAAGGGGAGGCACCUCCACCAGGCUAUGUCUGUCGCUCUUGCGGUGUUCCAGGCCAUUUCAUUCAACACUGCUCACAGGAAAACAAGAUACCUCCACCUGGAUACAUUUGCUACAGAUGCCGAAUUCCAGGGCAUUUUAUCCAUCGUUGCCCAAGCAUUGGUGAUCCCAAGUGCGACAACAAUAAAAUGCUUUGUUCUCUUGUCCCAGUAGUUACACCUGUCAAUGGCAUUUUGGAUUCACUUGUCCCGGCUUCCCCCGUUAGUGCUGUUGAUGACUUGCCAGCAGAGCUCCACUGCAGGCUAUGUAAAAAAGUGAUGAGAGAUGCAGUAUUGACAAGCAAAUGCUGUUUUGAUAGUUUUUGUGAUAGAUGCAUUCGGGAUUAUAUUAUUACAGAGUCGAAGUGCAUUUGUGGAGUCAAGACACUAGCAGAUGACCUCAUUCCCAAUCAAACACUUCGGAGCACAAUCAGCAAUAUGUUGGGAACACAGACUAUCAGUGGUGGAAGUGGUACAACAAGACACAGAAGUUCGUCAGGCAGCAACCCUGACCCCAAAAUACAGAGCCACACUGCCUCGACAAGGGAGGUGAAGCAAUCUAGAGACCACCAGCUACCAGCAGCAUCUGCACUUGAUGAUGUGCUCCAGGUUGCCACAGAAGGUGCUCUAGUGAACCAGCCUCGGGAGAAAUUGGUACCCAGUGCUAAAAUCCUUGGUAAAGAUGGAGGCAAUUUUGCACAAGUGUCAGCAGAGAAGACUGUAGCAAAUGCUGAAGCCCUCAAAGUAAAGGAUGGAACUGAAUCGACUUCAAAGGCCACCACUGUUUCAGGGGCCCGAGAACACAAUGUCACAAGGACAGAUCAACCGAAGAAGUGGAAGAAGGCAGUCUUAACCAAGAACUUUCAACCUAACAAUGUUGGAUAUGGUUACAAUGUUCCAUUUGACCCUGCAUAUUGCAAUCCCUUCAUCAAUGGAUAUCCUUGGGCAACUGAACCUUACAUGUAUAGCUCAAUGGGGGUGCCGUACCCUGGUUAUCCGAUGGAUCCAUAUUGUGUAAAUUCCUUUACCUGCAUACCGUCGCAGGCUCUUGCAAUGCAAGGCUAUGCAACAAGCUACCAAAGGCCUGAAACUGAGCCCAUGCAUCGUGGGGGCACUGCAGCUGCACCUUCAAAGCGCCCUGAGAGGAGUGACAGGCCCAAGGACACUCGUCAUCAGCCCCAAUCACGAGAGCACGAGCGACAAUUGGGCUCUUCUCAUGUCUCAGAAUCGAGAACGAGGAACAGAACAAGGUCAAGCUCCGAGGGAAGGGACCGUGGGCAUUCCGACAGGGCCUCUGUUGACCACCAUGAGGACCACUCUACUAGGAAGCGGACGCGCGAUUCCUCUCCGAAGUACGGUGAUAGACAGAGCGACCGGAGGUCGAGUCACGGUUCCAGGAGUAUGAUGACUCCUGAGGAGGAUGCAAGCGACGAUGAAUGUAAUUUCAAGAGGAGAUGGGGUCGCAGAUCAUCAGGAGGCGUGGACACAAGGCACUGAACGGAAGAAUGUGGACUACGGCGGACCGACCAAGUGCAGCAAUACAUUGCUGGUCACCAGUGCUCACCUAUCCAUUUUCUUUUACUCGUAAUUGUAUGUAUUCCCCUGCAAACAAAGGGGAACUUCCGGUUCCCUGGCGAAAUGUAAUGGUAUUACCAUGCGAUCUCUCCAAAUAUAAAUGGAAGUUUGCU